AGUGUGAAAAAUAAAUAAAUAAAUAAAUAAACAAACAAACAAAUUAUAUUAGUGUGGCCAAUUGUGAGGAGGAGUCAUUUUGGGCCAUAAGGUAACAGGUGAGUCUGUCAGAGCACACGAGCCAGUUCUUUGAAGCUGCCAUGCUAGCUCUGAACUACUUGCUUCCCCUUCCAUUCCUCUGAAGCCACUGGUAUUUGUAGUAUAUACCAUCACUUGUAUAUGAAUCCUGAACAAUAUGUCAGACUUCUCUGUCUUGGCCAAUGCAAGUGUCAUUAAAUCAGGGGCUUAUGGGACUGGUUGGGGGCAGGGGUGAAUAAUGGUGAAUGAAGGACAAAUUGUGGGUGAAUGCAGCAAGGAGAGAUGGAGGGUGAUGAAAGGUGAGGUGAAUGAGUAGAGUGGAGUGAAAAUGGGUAGUGUGGAGCAGCAUGAGGGGAUGACUAUGCAUUUAAUUUUGAAUUAAUGUGAGAUCAUGCAUAAGGGCUGAGUAAACGGUGGGAAAAUGAGGCAUGGUCUAAAGUGACAAAAAAUGAACAUGGGAGCAAACUGAGUGAAUGGAGCAAUUCAAGGUGGUGAAUGUGAAUAGAGCUAAUAAAGCAGCAGAGUGCAAGUUAUUCUGAGCACUAAGGACCAGAGUGUGAAUAAAUGAUGGUUUAUGGGGCAUAUAAGAGCAAGGGAGGUGAAUUUAGGGGGAGAGUGGGAGUGAAUGGAGGUAAUGUGGGCCAUAGAGGGAAAAAUGGGGAGCACAAGGGACAAAGAAGAGGGAAUAAAGAUGUAUACAAGGUAGAAUGUGAAUAUGUGAAUCAGGUUGAGUUGAGUGGCCACACUCUGAAGGAGAAAGGGAGUGACUAGAGGUGAAUAAGGGGCAGACUAGGGUAAUGAGGGGCUCUAGGAAUGUCCAGGGAUCCCAGAUUCAAUCAGCUCAGGUGAAGGAGCUGAUGCAUGUGCAUGAAUGGAGCUAAUUCUGGGAAGAAUGAGAGGGAAUGGAAGCAAAGAGCAGAAGAACGUGAGGAACUGUGGGUGUUGUGAGUCAAAGGGCAAGAUGAAAGUCACAUGGCCCCACGGGAAUAAAGGGGGGGAUAGGGCCCAGUGUUAGCAAAAAAAGUGGUGAAUUCAAGGCAGAAUGUGACUGAAUGAAGGCACUAUGGGGCACAACAGAAACAACUAGACAGGCAAUCAGGUGCAGAACAGGAGUGGUGAGUGGGAAUAGGGGUUACAUUGGAAAUGAAUUCCAAUGAAUGAGAUCAUUUCAAUGAAUGAGAGGCUGAGUGAGAGUAAAUGGAGUCGAUGAAGAGAAUGUGAGGAAUGGGGGUGAGCAAGCAUAGAAUGAGAAUCCGUGGGCAACGCGAGCUAGUGUUUGGGAGUAAUAUGGGGAAUGGGGAUAACAUGGGAGUAGCAUUUGAGAGAAUAAAGGGGAAGAAGGGGCAGAAAGAGAAUGAAGGAGGGAAAGAAUGAGGCCUAGAGUCCAUGAACAAAGCCGAAGGAUGGGCCCUUUGAGAGUGAAUGAGAGUCACUUCAUGCAGUGUCCAGAAGUGGAGGGGGAAGUAGAAAAUGAGAGUCUGAGAGUGAACGGAGGUGAAGAAAUAUGAUGUGAGAGAAUUGGGGUCAUGUAAGGAGAGGGUUAAGGAACUGUGGCAAUAUGAGGCCCAGGGUGACUGAAGGUAGGUGGACGAGAGGCACUAUAAGUGAACGAGGGAAUAAAUGAUGGAACAAGAAUGGAGGUGGAAACAGUGGUAGGGUGUGCAUCUACAUGUAAUGUGUUGUGUAUAGUAUGUAAUGGAGGGCAGAGAGUGAAUGGGGCUAACGUGGGCCAGAUUCCAGUAAACUGGGGUGGAACGGUGCAUAAUAAGUGAAGUGCAGGAAGUGCUGAGAAUGGAAGGGCAUGGUGGUCAUAUUGUAUGGAGCGGGAGAAACUGAGGCCAUAGUAGGCACAGUGUCGUGAACAGUACUGACUGCUGAGCAGAGUGGGGGGAAGGGAGACGAUGAGGGGCAGUGUAAGUGGAAAUGGAGGUAACCAAGUGGUACAGCAUGAUUAAAAACAGUGGAGUGGGACAGUAUUUAAAGAAUGUGGGGGAAUGUGGGCUGAUCAUGAAGCCCAGGGCCUGAGUCCUGUCUGUGCUCUGCAUCUCUGGCCCCUCUCUUCCUGCAUCUCUUUCUGACAUCUCAGGGUUUCUCCCUGGUUUUUCCUCCUCCCUUCUCUGUGUAUAGGUCAGUAUCUUUCUUUUUCAUUGUGUGCCUGUCUCUAAUAAGGGUAGCACUGGGAAAGAUGUUGAGGUGUCCAGACCUCUGGCUCUGUGUUCCAGAAUCUACCAUGUAGCUAUUUCUUCAUAGAGCCCAGAGUUCCAGAAUGCCCCUAGUUCUAAACAGGGCAGGGUGAGUCUAGAGCAAAGAGUUGGGCAGGAGGGCCUAUGGAUGUUAUAAUGCAGGCCUGGGUCACCAUGGUGGUGACCCUGGCCACGCUGACAGUUGCCCCUGUGGAUGCCAAAAUCUAUGAACGCUGUGAACUGGCAAUGAAGCUGGAGAAGGCGGGCCUCAAUGGCUUCAAGGGCUACAGCAUUGAAGACUGGCUGUGCAUGGCACACUAUGAGAGUGGCUUUGACACCUCCUUCGUGGACCACAAUCCCGACGGCAGCAGUGAAUAUGGCAUUUUCCAGCUGAACUCCGCCUGGUGGUGUAACAAUGGUGUUACACCCACCCAGAACCUCUGUCACAUGGAGUGUCGUGACCUGCUCAACCGCCAUAUUCUGGAUGAUAUCUUGUGUGCCAGGCAGGUGGCAUUAUCAAAGAAUGGUAUGACUGCCUGGGAUUCUUGGACCCGGCACUGUUCUGGCCAUUAUUUAUCUGAAUGGCUCAAGGGAUGCAAUAUGCAUGCCAAAUCUGACUCAAAGAAAAUUAAUUCAUGACUCAGUUUCCCAGAGAUAGAGAUUUCCUGGAUUUAAUAAAGGAUGCUAUCUAUAAAUAAUACAAGAGACCUCUGAUGCCUAACUCUUCAUUUUCCCAGUGCCUGGAAGUAUCCCCAUUCAAUCACUUCCUCCAUACAUUCAGAGUUCUAAUCAGAGACACCAGAUAACUCAGGGUGUAAGUAAGAGCGCAGCUUCUCCUGGGUUCAAAUAUCAUCUCUACCAUUUAUGAGCUGUGUUGUGUUGGGCAAGGCAUUUAAUUUCUCUGUGCCUCAGUUUCCUCAUUGGCAAAAUGAGGAUGAUAAUGAUAGCAACUAUUUCAUAGGAUCAUUGGGAGAAUCAAAUUAAUGAGUGUUCAGCAAGCACAUAAAGUGCUUGGUACACAAGGCAGGUAUAGGUCUGGAAACAGAAGGGCGGGAUGAGUGUCUGUGAAAAUUGGCUUUCCUUAAAAAGCAUCACUUUCAGAAGUCACUAUAGGGUCUUUAAUUAAGGUAUUCCCCAGGGAAAAUAAUAUUGGUUUCAGCUUACACUGGAGGCUCA